AUGUUCGAGAAAAAGUUCAACAUUGAAGUACAAACUUUACAGCCUUUACGUGAGUUUCUUGCACAACUGAAAGAAGAAGGUAGUCAGCCACAACUUAUAGACUUUCAUUAUGAAUUUAAUGAAAAUGAAGAUGGAACUCAUGACUGUCAGUUUGUUAUAUAUUCACCAUUCAAUGAAGUAGCUAAAGAGAAAGAAAAUCCAUUACGUAUAAGAUUUCAAAUCUCUGAACCAAGUGAUGAUUUCAAGAAUGUUUUCAAUUAUGAUGCAAUGCUUCCGAGGAAAAAUGAAUUUUCAAAGAUUGUAACACCUGGCAUUUGGGAUAGAAAGCAAGCUAUAUUAUAUUCAAACUUAAGUAAGGGAGUUGAAAAUGAGUUUAUUGGUCAUACAAGAACUUCACCACUUCCUAACCCUAAAUACUAUAAAUUAACUGGCUUCAAUCGUGAGUUUUGGAUAGACAUGUUCUCCACUCAUGACCAUAACUGCCCAGUGUUCUUACCUCCAGACCAUAAGGACUGUCUCUACAUUGAAGCACAACUCUUAAACUCUACCAUCGCAGUAUUGUAA